CUUGCCUCCGGCCACAACAGUGCUCCUCGAGCAUUUGUGCAACUCUCCAUUUGAGGAUCGGAUACGACCGGGAGUCGCUGUCUGGACUGCUUUUAACCGCAGGAACUUUCUGAGAGGCUCUUGACUGCGUGCCGUAAUCAUCAUGUUCUCGGGUCUAUCCCCAUUCCCCUCGCCACCCGAAAUCCACUCCAUACUAUUCAGGAAAGCUCCAGAGACCGUCCCUCCCACAGAUGAACUACAGGUUCUGGUUGGGGAACUUCAGCUCGUCAAACAGAAGGCAUUGGAGAGGGCCAAGAAAGCCGGCGAAGACCUCAAGAUUAUCGAGGAGUCUAUGCGCCGACUGAAGGAGAGGGAGAAGGGCAAAGCUAAAGCAGCGGAGAAAUUCACGCGAGAACGUGGCUUCACCCCACUGCCGAACGGCGAAGAAACACGAUUGUCUGUGCAGCCCCAACCACCUAUUUCACGUCCACGCGUACCACCGGCACCUCCAAUCUCCGUUCCAUUGACUCCUACGCCAGCGAUCGAGUCUCGCAGGUCCAUGACCGAGGAGAUGAAGAAGAAGAAGAAGAAACGGAAGCGCGAAGAUAUAAGCGAUGGCGAGGAGCCUCCAAAGAUUCGCAAAGUAUCACCUGUGCCAGCGCACACGCACCCACACACACCACCGGUGAAGACAACGAAGUACCCUUCUGCGUCGCUUGUAUUCAACAAGCCCGCCGGCCCUGAUUUUGCCCUCCCGCCACAGAGCUCACUGUUGCCUGCGCGUCCACCUGUUCUUCCAGCGCCAGUUGCAGGACCGAGUACACCUACAGAAGUCACUGAAGACUUCAGCAGGAGCAAGCCGCCCGGUAACCAGGUGCAAGUGAGCACGUUUUACACGAGCAUCGAGCCGUGGAUCCGGCCGAUCAAGGAGGAGGACAUCGGCUUCCUCGAGUAUACUGGCGACGACGUCGAACCGUUUGUGCUCCCAAAGCGCGGGCGGCACUACUCGGAGGUGUGGGAAGAGGAAGACACUGCGCUGUAUGGCGGGCCACUUCCUACCACGGUCGCGGUGCGUGCCACCGCGCCGAGACAUGCAUCGGUGUCUGAGCCUCUGCCGCGUUGGGAGCCGUCGACGUUGAUGGAGACGGAUUUGUUGACUGAGGAGCGGGGACACGGCCCGCUUUCGGAGCGGCUGGUCAGUGCACUCAUACCAAUGCACGAUGCAACAGAAUGGAAGGGCGUGAAAGCUGCUGAGGAGGCGAUGGAAGGUCGCCCAGGGACGAACGGUGCCGCAGCGCAAGCAGCGCGAGAUAAGCUCAACGUGGCCGAUCUCGAAGACCGGGUCAAGAACGUGCUUCGCUUUUAUGGUCUACUUCAUGAAACGCCUGACUUCUCGGAAGCAGUAGACGACCCGAUAGCCACUGCCCUGCGCCAUGCUCAACGCGAACUGAGGACAGUCCUCGCGACCAACAAGGCACGCAGAACGCGACUGGCAGCCAUCGCGCGAGACAGACUCGGCUAUCAGGAGUAUCUCGAUCUGCGCGACUCGAUCGACAAGAAUAUCACGACGCUGUACUCUAAGCUACAGAAGAAGGACGGUCCGAAAUCAAGCAAGAAGAAGAAGAAGAGCGCGGAGCCCAACGGCGUCGCAAACGGCACACUCGACGGGCUUGCUGCACUGCCUCCUUGUCCAGCAGCGCUUGGGCUCGCUCAAGACGAGCAAAAGCGGCUCAGUGUGCCUGAGCAGCUGAAGAAGCUUGUGCAGACGAGACGGCAAUGGGUAGACACCGUGGGAGGCAUAUUUGAUGAGAAGGAGACGGAAAGCCCCGGACGUAUAUAUGGUCUGCCAAAGACGAGUGUAUAUGAGGGGAUCGAGGAGGAAGUGCGGCGCGAGCUGGCGCGGUUAGGACUCCCGGCCUUUGAGCCGGGCUCGAAGUCGCGUCAGGGCGCGAAUGGCACGUUGGAUGCACGGACUAGUACUACAUUUAGUAGUAAGGGCAAGGAGAGAGCGCCAGAGGAUUAUAUGGAGAUAGGAUGAUGGACGAUGCUGAUUGCAUUGUUGCGACUUUUCUCACUGUGGUCUUCAUUUGCGGAGAAUCGGUACCUGCGUUUUCUCCCUUGCAA